GGGAGAGCGCGUGAGCGUUGAGUAUGGUCCAGACGCGCGAGCCACCGAGGAGCUGACAUCCAGACACCACUGAGGGCGGAAUCAGGUGACCAGCGGCGCCGAGCAUCAUGGGAGGAGUGGCUCCAGACUCCGGGCCGAGCGGCGUGAAGGCGCCGGACGGCGGGUGGGGGUGGGCGGUGCUCUUCGGCUGCUUCGUCAUCACGGGCUUCUCCUACGCCUUCCCCAAGGCCGUCAGCGUCUUCUUCAAGGAGCUCAUCAAGGAGUUCCACGUGGGCUACAGCGACACCGCCUGGAUCUCCUCCAUCGUGCUCGCCAUGCUGUACGGCACAGGGCCGAUCUGCAGCAUCCUGGUGAACAGGUUCGGCUGUCGGCCGGUGAUGAUGGUGGGGGGCAUCUUCGCGUCUCUCGGCAUGAUCAUGGCUUCCUUCGCCACCAGCAUCUUCCACAUCUACCUCACCACCGGCGUCAUCACAGGUCUGGGCCUGGCUCUGAACUUUCAGCCGUCCCUGAUCAUGCUGAACCGCUACUUCAGCGAGAAGCGUCCGCUGGCCAACGGGCUGGCCGCCGCGGGGAGUCCAGUAGCGCUGUGCUGCCUCUCACCGCUCGGACAGCAGCUCAGCUAUGCGUACGGCUGGAGGGGGGGCUUCCUCAUCCUGGGGGGGCUGCUGCUCAACUGCUGUGUGUGUGGGGCGCUGAUGCGACCGCUGACCGCCCCCAAGCGCCAGGACCAGGAGACGCCAGAAGCCGCGGAGGACCAGAAGGACGCGACGCCGACCGCGACGCCGCCCCCCAAGGCCAAGCUGCUGGACUUCAGCGUGUUCCGUGACCGCGGCUUUGUCAUCUACACGCUGGCGGCGGCCAUCAUGGUGCUGGGCCUGUUCGUGCCGCCGGUGUUCGUGGUCAGCUACGCCAAGCACCUGGGCGCCGAGGACACGCGCGCGGCGCUGCUGCUGUCCAUCCUGGGCUUCAUCGACAUCUUCGCCCGGCCCACGUGCGGGGUGAUCGCGGGCCUGCGCUGGGUGCGGCCGCGCUGCGUCUACCUCUUCAGCUUCGCCAUGGUGUUCAACGGCACAGCCGACCUGCUGGGCUCGUUCGCGCGCAGCUAUGACGAGCUGGUGGUGUUCUGCGUGUUCUUCGGCGUGUCGUACGGAAUGGUGGGUGCGCUGCAGUUCGAGGUGCUGAUGACUAUCGUGGGCACCGAACGCUUCUCCAGCGCCAUCGGCCUCGUGCUGCUCGUGGAGGCCAUCGCCGUGCUGGUGGGACCGCCCUCCGCCGGGCGCCUGCUGGACUUCACUCAUAACUACCAGUACGUGUUCCUGCUGGCGGGCUCGGAGGUGGUGCUGUCGGCGCUGGUCCUGGCCACCUGCAACUUCCUGUUCAUCAAGAAGAAGGAGCCGGAGCUGCCCGCAGUGAAAGAGCGCCCCCCGGAGGAGAUACGGGAGCUCAGCUGCGCGCCGAAGGAGGAGCAGGAGGUGCAGGCCGGCCCCAGUGGCACCUCCUCCGCCACCGCCUCCUCCGCCACCGCCUCCCAGGGCACCAGCGGCUCUAGUGGCUCCACCUCCCCGGCACUCAGUCCCGCCCCUGUUGCUGAGACGACCACCACCAAGGUGGAGGAGGGGGGCGGGGCCAGCGGGCCGCAGGUGGAACCCGAGUCCUCGCUCUGAGGAAGCGUCUGGUUUCCAUGGAGAUGAGACACUCCAUGUCACACUGUGAUGUGCAAUAUGCAAGUGUGUGUGUGUGUGUGUGCGUGUGUGUGUGAAAGAGAUAGGAAGUAAAACAACACAAUGGAGUUUUGGUGUAAAACUAGCAUGCUAGCUAGCUAAAAGGCAAACGUCACCCAGAGCCUUAUAGGCACUGAAGCUUUAGUGAGCUAGCUAGCUAAAAGGCAAACGUCACCCAGAGCCUUAUAGGCACUGAAGCUUUAGUGAGCUAGCUAGCUAAAAGGCAAACGUCACCCAGAGCCUUAUAGGCACUGAAGCUUUAGCGAGCUAGCUAGCUAAAAGGCAAACGUCACCCAGAGCCUUAUAGGCACUGAAGCUUUAGCGAGCUAGCUAGCUAAAAGGCAAACGUCACUCAGAGCCUUAUAGGCACUGAAGCUUUAGCGAGCUAGCUAGCUAAAAGGCAAACGUCACCCAGAGCCUUAUAGGCACUGAAGCUUUAGCGAGCUAGCUAGCUAAAAGGCAUGCAGAACCUUGCAAACACCACUCAGAGCCUUCUUGGCAAUGCUUAAAGGUUGCUAGCAUGCUAACUGGUGUCUUGCUGCGAGUUCUUUCAUUUUUUUAACUACAUUGUGCAUGUCCUGGAUGAUUAUCUGUCCAACACCUGACCAUUGAAUUUCUACACCAAAACUAAAUGACGGGGAUAUAUCUAGGCAGACUACUGUAGAAGGGUCUAGUAUCCGGUUCUAGGCAGAUUGAUGUAGAAGGGUCUAGUAUCCGGUUCUAGGCAGAUUGAUGUAGAAGGGUCUAGUAUCCGGUUCUAGGCAGACUACUGUAGAAGGGUCUGGUAUCCGGUUCUAGGCAGAUUGAUGUAGAAGGGUCUAGUAUCCGGUUCUAGGCAGAUUGAUGUAGAAGGGUCUAGUAUCCGGUUCUAGGCAGACUACUGUAGAAGGGUCUAGUAUCCGGUUCUAGGCAGACUACUGUAGAAGGGUCUGGUAGGGUCUAGUAUCCGGUUCUAGGCAGACUACUGUAGAAGGGUCUGGUAGGGUCUAGUAUCCGGUUCUAGGCAGAUUGAUGUAGAAGGGUCUGGUAUCUGGUUCUAGGCAGACUACUGUAGAAGGGUCUGGUAGGGUCUAGUAUCCGGUUCUAGGCAGAUUGAUGUAGAAGGGUCUGGUAUCUGGUUCAGAAGGGUCUGGUAUCUGGUUCUAGGCAGACUGCAGCAGGUUCUGACCUACCUCAGGCUCCCCAGAACCGGGUCCAGAAUGUGCAGCCGGAUAACAGAGCGCGCACACAGCUGUGUGUCUAGGGUUGGGGUCAGAUCAGACGUUCAGAAACCACCAUCUCGUGUGUGUGCGCGCGUGCGCGCGUGUGUGUGUGUGUGUGUGUGUGUGUGUGUAUUCAAACCUAUGGUUUACAUAGAACCUAUAGCUACUGUAGUGCAGCAAUGCAGUACAACAACAAUGUAUUUAGUCUUGUUUAUUUGCUAUUUUGUAUAUGUAUGUAUUUAUUAAUUUAUUUAUCAGUUCAUAUUAGAUAUAGGAAUAUAGUUGGAAUGACCUGUGAUGCAUUUAUUGUAUUUCAUUUUCAUUACUGUGGGCAUUCUCCUAGCAGGCAGCUUUAUGGUGCGUUACAGCAGUGGUUCUUAACUGUCUCCUAGCAGGCAGCUCUAUGGUGCGUUACAGCAGUGGUUCUUAACUGGCUUUGGGACCCACAGUUUCCCAUGUUCAUGAAGUCGCGACCCAUAUAUUUGUAUAGUGAUCAAGCCAACAGAUAUGGUGAGCUACAUGCUAAGACGCACAAAGUGCCUGUAGGCCUAUUUGUUUGGAACAUGCGGAUGUUUGGCAUUACAUUUGUGAAGUCUUCAACUCCUGAUGUCACCUUUCAGAGUGCUCGACAGGUUUGU